AACACGUAACACAGUGUCGUGGUGAAGAUUGUUUUGAAAAAGUGAUAUUCGCGGAUUGAUAUUCAUCGUACGACGUCCGAAAGCACGAAUCAUCGCUUUACACGCAGUGCGCAUAUUAGUUUAUUGACAUAGAUGUUACUUAUUCCUUUCGUUUGCCUUGAGCCAUAAACGCGGAUUUGUUGCUGGGUUUUACAGUGACUAAACGAAGAAGCAGGCUAGUGUAUGUAUGACCUGUGUGAAUGUGUGUUCUUGUGUAUGUAGGGAUUGCAAGACUAAUGGGACGGCCGAUAAAUAAGAUAAACCCCAAUUGUAUUACUUGCUAUAUUUUCACCAAGUGACAAGAUACUAUAUGUGAUAAGCCUAGAGCAAACUCAUGUUCAAUAACUGAUAAAGAAACCAAAAGUUGUGUUGCAUACCCAAGCCAAAACAUUACAGGUUCAUCGUAUUAAGGAGACUCAAAACUGAAUUGAAUAGAUUGCUGAGUUAGUAAAUUAGUAAAAUAUUAAAUUAUUCGUUAUUAUGCCAAAAAGGGUGAUGGUGUCCAAAAAGAAACCGAUGAAAAUGAAGAACACUGCUGAUAAUCUCAGCAUUCACCAUCCUGAUAACACGAAUACAUGCGGCGGACGUCCUAAAGCACGUGAGGAUGAUAGUAUCGUUUAUGAAAACAAUCAUUGCAAAACGUCUAACAGUCAACACAAGAAGACGAACAAAGAACAUGAUAGGGGCGAGCAUUCAUUCUUCGAUAAAGGCAAACAGGUGAAAUCUCACCUGCUGGAGCACAGGACUGGUGGUAACACGAUGAGGAAAAAAAACAGCGGUAGUUCGAACACCAUUGCAACCUCCAACCGCAACGGGAACAGCAAUAACAGUAACAGUACGGUAUCGCAGAAGAAUGACAAUAAAAAAUUGGCCAAAGAAAUCAAAUCGCUAGUGCUAUGGAAAUCACCAAUGAAAACUCUAAAAUACGCAAGCCUUGAAAUAUUAUUUCUAUUCAAAACCAACGUGAAUAGGUUAUUGCACCAACGGGCGCUACUUAUGGCGAUUUUAAUUUUAUUAUGUACCACCGCUGUAGCCAUUUACACACCUGGUCAUCAUCAGAAGCUGAUAGAAUCUAUUAAAACCAAAGGAUUCUUUAUUACGUAUUGGUUAGGCUUGGGUAUUCUAUCCUCUGUAGGGCUUGGGACUGGACUGCACACAUUUCUAUUGUACCUAGGGCCACAUAUUGCCAGCGUUACGUUGGCGGCGUAUGAGUGCAGUUCUCUCAACUUUCCAGAACCACCGUAUCCGAAUGAAAUUCUUUGUCCUGAUGAUAACGGUUCAUCGAACCAUAUCAUUCCAUCGUUAUGGUCCAUCAUGGCGAAGGUUCGAUAUGAAGCAUUUCUUUGGGGAGCCGGUACCGCACUUGGAGAACUUCCACCAUAUUUUAUGGCAAAGGCUGCCCGCAUUUCUGGCAACACAACUGAGGAGUUGGAGAAUCUACAAGAAUUAGAAAAGCUACAAAAACGCAAGGAAAAAGGCGAAAAGUUAAGUUUAUUCGAUAAAGGUAAACUGAUGAUGGAGGACAUCGUUGAACGAGUUGGAUUCUUUGGCAUUUUGCUUUGUGCUAGUAUUCCUAAUCCACUGUUUGAUCUGGCGGGCAUCACUUGUGGUCACUUCUUGGUACCGUUUUGGAAGUUUUUCGGCGCUACGCUCAUCGGUAAAGCGGUGAUAAAAAUGCAUAUACAAAAAAUAUUUGUUAUUAUAUCGUUCAAUGAAAACCUAGUAGAUAAAUUCAUCGACAUUCUCGCUUUCAUUCCAUUAAUAGGUGUACGCUUACAAAAACCUUUUAAAGGUUUUUUUGAAAGUCAGAAACAACGUCUUCACCGAAAUAGUAAUAAGCAGUCGAUAAACGCAUCUCAGGGCAACAUAUUAGCUAGCGUAUUCGAGUAUUUUGUGUUUAUCAUGAUUUGCUACUUCAUAAUCUCGAUUAUUAACACCUUUGCUCAAAAUUGUUGUAAGCGUAUGAGAAAGAAUCAGGGCAGCAGCGCAUCGCUAGAUGUAUCUAUUAAAAAGGAAUCCUAAACCAUGGAAUCAUCAUUAGAAUGAAUGAUAGCUCAUAUCUCUAGCUAAUUUUCUUGUCUUGGGAAAAGCUUUUCUAUGUUGGUAGCUAAACGCCGUGGUUUCACCAAAUCAUAAUUUAAUUGACGAAACUUCACACCUGGACAAAACGAAUAAAAAGGUUUAUAAAAUUAAUAGAAAUAGAAUUACAAAAUUUUAACAAUAGCUUAUUUAAGGCAUUGUUUCAAUUCUAGUCAACUAUUGUCCCACAUCCAAAAUUUUUAAAAAUGUAAUAAAAUAACAUAAACCAUACAUAGCAAGCACAGAAAUGAAUACAACAAAAAAAACAGUAAACUGACUGAUAUAGUUAACAAAACCUAGUUCUUUGCUUGAAAAAAUAAAAUGAAUUCUGAUUAUUGUAGAUAA